AUGGGGUUCCCCACGAGCCCAUGGGGCUUCCUCAGACAUUUCCUGACUCUCCACCUCCUCCAGCUGGGAUCAGCACAGUUCAGAGUGGUAGGACCAGGCCGACCUCUCCUUGCCACCGUGGGACAGGACGUCAUGCUGCCGUGUCACUUGUCCCCAGGCAUGGACGCUCGGAGGUUGGAGAUCAGGUGGAUCCGGCACCUGGUCUCUGAAACGGUGCACCUCUACCGAAACGGAGCAGACCAGCACUUGGACCAGAUGAAGGAAUACGCUGGAAGGACAGAGUUAUCCAGAGAUGGUCUCUCCCGUGGGAGCCUGGACUUGCGGAUCUCUGGGUUGAGACCCUCUGAUGAUGGCCAGUACGUCUGCACUGUGCAAGAUGCUGCCUCUUAUAGAGAAGCUCUGGUGGAACUAAAGGUGGCAGCCAUGGGCUCUGUCCCUCUCCUCUCUCUGGAGGUUUACAAUGAUGGAGGCAUCCAGGUGGUGUGUCGAUCGGCCGGCUGGUACCCACCACCGGAGCUGCUGUGGAAGGAUGGCAGCGGGCAGCAUCUCCCCUCGGUCUCCCAGACAAGUUCCCCAGACGCAAGAGGCCUCUUUGAGAUCCAAGAUGUCAUCGUUGUGAGCGGGAAGGGAGAUGUGAACGUGUCGUGCGUGGUGAGGAACAGCCGCCUGGAGCAGGAGCAGGAGUCGUCCCUGCACAUCUCAGCUCCCUUUUCCCACAAUGGCAUUCCCUGGAUGGCAGCUGUGGGUGUGCUCCUUGUACUUGUAGUGGUGCUUUUUGGUGUCAUUGCUUAUCUCUUCCGAAGGAAAGUGGUGCUGUCCAGAGCGCUGGGUGAGUCCUUCUGGCUCCUGCCACCAGCAAAGCCUCCUGAGAAAGGAGUCUUUGGAACGUGGCUUUGGACGGGUCUUGAUGGUUCUCUGGUCAUUGAUGGAAACGAGAUGCAGAACUGGAGGAACGAGGUAAAGCACUGGGCGUGUGAUAAGAAGAUGUUCUCUCUGAUCACUCAUUGCUUCUGUUUUUCCUUUCCAGAGCAACAAGAUGCAGCACUGGGGAAUCGAGAAGCAGAAUUGGAGCAACGAGAUGCAGCACUGAGGAUUCGAGAAUCAGAUUUGGACCGACGAGAUGCAGCACUGAGGAAUCGAGAAGCAGAACUGGAGCAACAACCUGUAGUACCGGGGAAUCGAGAAGCACCUCUGGACCAACGACCUGCAGCACCGAAGAAACGAGCUGCAGCACUGGAGCAACGACCUGCAGCACCGGUUCUGGAUGAGGAACCUGAGCUCACAAUGAGGGAGGUGGAGGCUUAA